GUGGACAGUCCCUAGAACAACAACACUUGAAUCCCAUCAUGCUUUGCCGUGCCCGCCGACCCGAGAGCUACCGAUGCUAGGCUAGCUGCCGUUAGCUCCCGGGAGCGGACAUGUUGUACCGACCCUUCCUUGAAUAAACACCGCCGCGAGCGAGGGAUUUUUGGGGGUAAAAGGGUCGGAGGCUCGGAGCGCUGGGCAAUCAUGGACGCCGUCAACGCCUUUAACCACGAGUUAUUCUCAUUGAUGGACUCCAAGCCCCCGAUAUCUCGGGCGAAGAUGAUCUCCAUCACCAAAUCAGCCAUCAAAGCUAUGAAACUCUACAAACAUGUGGUCCAGAUUGUGGAGAAGUUUAUCAAAAAGUGUAAGCCUGAGUACAAGGUAGCAGGCCUGUAUGUGGUGGAUUCCAUUGUUCGGCAGUCCAGACAUCAGUUUGGAGCAGACAAAGACGUGUUUGGCCCAAGGUUCACUAAAAACAUUAUGGGAACCUUUGAGAACCUCUGCCUUUGUCCAGUGGAGGACAGGAGUAAGAUUGUACGAGUGUUAAACCUGUGGCAGAAGAAUGGAGUCUUCAAGAUUGAGGUCAUCCAGCCCCUCCUGGACAUGGCAGCUGGUUCCAGCAGUGCUGCUGCGCCCUACACAGGCACUGAUGAGCCAGGUUCUUCCCCUCCUCCAGCCAAAGAGCCAGUCACUGCAGUAACGGCGAACUCCACCACCGCGACGUCUGCUGCUCAGCUGCAAAACUCCGACGCCUUUGCUGCUGUGGCACAGCUCUUCCAGACCUCACAGGGUCAGCAGCUUCAACAGAUGCUCCAGAACUUUCAGCAGCAACCAGUGAAGCCUGACACCAACACACAGCCUCCUGCGCACAACAUUCAAACGCAGGCCCAAAACGUCGCCACUGGCCUGGGCAUGGUCGCCCCGCAACCUCCCCUACCCACUCAACCCACACAGCAGAAGACAGCCUUUGACAAGAAACUGCUGGACCGUUUCGACUACGAUGACGAACCAGAAGUUGGGGAAGAAGCAAAGAAGGAUGAACUCUCAUCACAGCCCUCGUUUUUGCAGCAGCCGCCAGCCUUCCUACAGCAGAUGGAGCACUUUAAACCACAAAUGAUGAACAUGUCGCAAGACCCCUCACAACAGGUUCCUCUCCCUCCCAACGGCCAGCUCCAGGCCUAUGGUUUACCGCCAGGACAAAGCUUCCCAGUUAUGAUGCCUCCUAUGGGGCAUGCUUUGCCAGGGCAGCCCCUCCCUGGAUCUACUGGGCCUCCAGGCUUCCCUGGAGUAUACCCUCCCCACAGUGCCGCACAGCAACAGGAUUUGUCAAUGGAUAUGGACCGUUCAUCUAUGAGGGAUGGCAGACAUGGUCGACGGUCACACUCAGGCUCCAGGUCUCCAAAGCGGAGGAGGUCGCGGUCUAAUUCCCGCACACGGAGAUCCAGGCACAGGCGCUCCCGCUCGCGCUCCAGGGACCGCCGUCACCAUUCUCCACGCUCUCGCUCGCAGGAGCGCAGGGAGAGAGAGAAGGAGCGAGAGCGACGGCAGAAAGGCCUUCCACCUCCCAAGAGCGAAACACUAAGCAUCUGUAGUACAACUCUCUGGGUGGGUCAGCUGGACAAAAGAACACAACAACAAGAUGUUGCCUGUUUACUGGAGGAGUUUGGACAGAUAGAGUCCAUCAAUAUGAUCCCUCCACGUGGUUGCGCCUACAUCGUCAUGAUACAUAGACAAGAUGCCUUCAGGGCUCUCCAGAAACUUAGCAGAGGAUCUCACAAAGUGAACCAGAAAGCCAUCAAGAUUGCUUGGGCUUUGAACAAGGGCAUAAAGGCUGAGUUUAAACAGUACUGGGACGUGGAGCUGGGCGUCACCUACAUACCUUGGUCUAAAAUCCGAGAAGUUCAGUUGGAGGAGCUGAAAGAAGGAGGCAUACUGGAUGUAGACACCUUAUCACCAGAGUGGAGUGGGGUGAGGAAGAGUCUUGACCUUCCAGAGGAACUCACCCACAACGGUCGUUCAGAGCCACAGCAGCCUGAGGAGACUCAAGUAAUACCCGUGGCUUCUGCAGCUCCUCCUCUUGCUCAGGUUCCUCCCAUGCAGCAGCCCAUGGUUGGUGUGGGUUCUCUCCAGCCUCCUGUCUUUCCUGGUCCCAUAGGCAUGCCUCCGCCUUCCUUCCCUCCAGGCGUCCCUCCUCCUCCUUUCAUCAGACCUGGCUUCAAUCCCAUGCAGAUGCCUCCAGGUUUUCCUCCACCAGGUGCCAUGCCUCUAGGUCCCCCACCUCCUUCCAAAGGUGGAGCUGAAGACCUGUCUCUGGACCCAGCAGGUCUGGGCAACAGGAAAAAUGACGAGGUCCUGGAGAGUCCAAACAUCUUCAACAACCAGAUGGCACCUAUGGGUAACCAGGUUGGUGCACCUCCAAGUUCUCUCCCAUGUGGUCCUCCAGCAAACCUCCAACCUCCCUCUGGUGGUCUGCUCGGCGCACGGCCCGGUUUAAUCCCACUCCAGCGUCCCCCGGUUCCCCCACCACCACACAUGCAGCGUUUCCUUCCACCCCUUGGGCCACGACCCCCUCACCCCAACAUGCCACCCAUGCCACCACAGAUGAUGCCCAGAGGGCCACACCCUCAGAUGAUGCACCAUGACACCCCUCCACCUAAAGGAAGCUUUGGGAUGCUCCCUCUCCAUAAUUUAAGGGCUCCUUUUCCUCCACAUGGGCACGGCCCUCCUCCUCCAUUUGUCAGGCCAGGUGUUCCUCGCGGCCCCGAGGUGCCAGAGGAGACGGAUGGCAGGCAAUUCAGGGGAGACAGGCCUGGAUUCAGAGACCGAGAGCCAGAAAGGGACAGAGACUGGGAUCGAGACAGGGAUAGAGAAAGAGACCGAGGAUUUGGGGGUGGAAGGCGUCCAUUUGGUGAAGGAGGGAGAGGGGGAGGUAGCGAAAGAAUGGAUGGGAGGGACAGGCUCGGAGGCUGGCAGGAAGAUGGUGGUGAUCACCGGGGAGGAGGAUGGGAGCGAGACAGAGAUCGGGACAGAGAUCGAGACAGAGACCGCGAUCGGGACAGAGACAGACGGGACUGGAGGGAGAGACGAAGCAGCCUGGAUAGCGACAGGGAACGAGGGAGGGGCGAUGAUGGCGAGAGGGAGCGAGGGAGAGGGGAGGGAGGAGAAAGGGGAAGGGGAGGAGGCGGGAGUCGAGAGAGAGAGAGGGGGAGAGGAGCUGAAGGGGACAGGCCAAGGCGGUCGGAGCGGCGAGAAAGGACCACGCGAUGGGACAGAGACGAUCGAUUGGCUGAGCUGGAAAACGUGGACAGAUUUCGGACCUCAAACAGCACAGAGCAACCGUGUUUGACUCCUGUGGCCACCGCGGAAACCAGUAAAGAACCAAGUGUGGAAGUUUCUCAAAAGAAGGCUGAAUCAGAACUUUUAGCUCCGCCCCCAGAGGUGACUACUGCUGCAGGAGAGCCGACGCCCUCCGAGCCCUUACCUCCAGCUCAAAGUGAGCCCACAGAAACAAAACAGGACGCAGCAUCAUAGACUGGCUGACUGCUGUGAACCACUGAAAGUAAAGGAAAAAAAAAAAAUGUUUUUCACAACGAUAACCAGCCUCAACUCCUUGAAGGUGGAAGAACUAACCAGUCACAGUUUGUCAGGUGGUAAUUAACAGUUUCUGGGCAGUAACACAUUUCUUGAAAACAAACAUCUUUAUGGCUAAUGGUCAAAUUUCGGCUUCGCAUCUGUCUCAAGACAAACAACCGUGUGAAAAUCCAUUUGGAAAAAUGGCUGUAGUUAAGUGUUGGCUGUCAGCUCUGGUCGUUCUCCUCCCUGUAAGUCAUAAGAAUGAAGCGAGUGUUUGCAUGUUAACUUGCCUCUGUUCAUCUGAGGUCCAUUUGAGCUUAUUUUUAUUCCGGACGGAGGAAACGAAACGAUUUCUCUGACACAAAUGUAUUUUUACUUCAUGGCCUCAUCUGUGUGAUAGCAGGCACUCCUCAACAAGCUAUAUAUGUUCAUUUUAAAAUAUUUCUUUUAAUUUGCCAAAAUAUUAUGUCCAACACUGAAUACAGGCUCCCUUUCUAUUUCUUUCUCAUAUCAUCUUGUGUCUUCUGUCGUCUUUUCAUUCAAAUAUCACAGGCGGUAAGGCACAGCUUUGACAGGACUACGGUGACCUUAACAUCCAAUCAUGUUACUUGUAGGCCAUGUGAUUAAAAAAAAACAAAACAUACACAUUAGUUAAGACAUCAUUGUGUAACUUGCAUUGAGAGUUGGGCCUGGUGCUCCGUUUGAUUGUAUCCUCAUUGUCAACCUUUGAACCACAAUUUAUUUCAAGCUGAAAAAAAUAUGGUGCAGUGAGUGAGGCAUGUAAUCUGUGACAUGUCCACAUUUAGUACCCAAUGUCCUUAAAAAUCCAUCCUCCAUAUACAUUUUAUUUAUGUUUUUAAAAGUGUUUUCCACUAGUCCUGAGACUCUUACUCUCUCUCUUAAGCCUUACUCUCACAAGACCUCAGAAUCUAACUUGGUACUUGGAUUUUAUUGAUGACUGGAACUGCACUCAGUUCCUUGUGAAAAAGUAACACUCCUGCCAUUUUAAUAUUAUUUAGGAAUCAAGAAUGCUUCAAUCUUUGAUCAAACUGUACUUACCCAGAUGUCAGUAUACAGAAACAUUGUUAAAAAUAUAA